AUGCAAUUAGCUUCCAACUCUGAAUCCCAACCCAUCCUGAGUGAAAUUAUUCCCGACGAUGACGAUAUAGAGAAUGUUCUGAUUCACUCUGAUGAUGACGAUAUAGAGAAUGUUCUGAUUCAGUCUGAUGAUGAGGAUAUAGAGAAUGUUGUGGUUCAGCAUUCAGAUCAGCCACAGUGCCGAAUAUGCCUUGAUUUUGAAGGACAAGACUUAAUUGCCCCCUGCCAUUGCAAAGGUACACAAAAAUAUGUCCAUAGAUCAUGUUUGGAUAACUGGAGGUCUACCAAGGAGGGCUUUGCUUUUUCUCACUGUACAGAGUGCACAGCUCUCUUCCUUUUACGACCCAAUGUCCCAAAAGAUCGAUGGUGGUUGAGGUUGAAAUUUCAGUUCCUUGUUGCCAGAGAUCAUGCUUUCAUUUUCAUCACUGUUCAACUCGUUGUUGCUUUCUUCGGCCUCCUUAUUUACAAAUUCUAUGGGGAUGAACUUAGAGAAAUGUUUGGUUAUCAACAACAUCCAUAUGGAUUUUAUACAAUGGCUGUUCUCGCCAUUAUUUUGGUGGGUUUGCUCUAUGGCUUCUUUAUAGCAAUAAUAUGUGGCCAACGAAUCAAUGAGCGCCACUACCACGUUCUUGCCAAACAAGAAUUGACUAAGGAAUAUGUGGUAGAAGAUCGAGAACAUGUAAAGAAUGUGCCCGAACUCGACCCCAGCCAUGUGACAGAACUAAGGAUGCUGGGCCUUUACUAG